UUCUAUCUUUAUCAUAUUAGUAAAGGAGAAUAAAUGACAACUUAAAUUGCAGGCAAAUCUAUAUUGCAACAGUGUUUGAGGCUUAUCCCUGCAUGUUGUGCUCGCAGCUAGGUUGCAUCCCCUAUAUUCCAACCCAACGUGCCCACAUGGCUUUCAACCACAAUGUUUGAACGUAAACAGUACUUCCUUUCAAAUCCCCUGGCUACCUCCUCCAAUAAAAAACCUCAGCCUGCGUAACCUUUUUCAUCACUUACAUUCUCUAUAGAACAGAGUUUACUGUCUAUACCAAAAACCAUAUAUAAUUAGCAUUUAAGCACUUAGUGUCUCUUAGAUAUGGCUCCAAAGACAGUAGCAUCAACUGCCCUUCUUCUCUCCCUCAACAUUCUCUUCUUCACUUUGGUCAGCUCCACCAAUGUGCCUUGCCCACCAACACCUAAGAGCCCCAAGCCUCCUCACAAGACCCCACCCUCGCCCAAGCCCGCCUCUUGCCCUAAGGAUGCUCUAAAACUGGGUGUUUGUGCUGACUUGUUGAAUUUGGUGCAGGCUGUUGUUGGUAACCCAGCAAAGACCCCAUGCUGCUCUCUCCUUGCGGGUUUGGCUGAUGCUGAAGCUGCUGUUUGCCUCUGCACUGCCAUCAAGGCCAACGUCUUGGGCGCUAACCUUAAUAUCCCCGUUUCAUUGUCCUUGCUGCUCAAUUACUGUGGAAAGAAGAUCCCUGCUGGCUACCAGUGCGCUUAAACUCCUUCUGCUUACUUUUAAUCAGUCUCUUUGUACUUUUAGUAAUGUUUGGUCAUUUUUAUAAUCUUUUCACGGUGUGUUUGGACUUUUGGUAGUAUGUUUAUGGGGUGUACUCAUUCACUAAGUGUUACUACUAUAUUUAUUUUAAGGAAGGCAGGCUUCUCACCUUCUAGUCCUUAAUAUGUACCUUAUUGUAGUGAAACAAGAAUGCACGUAUCAUAUCAUUCUCUCUAAUAAAAUGAGAA